CAUUAUCGUCCUCCUCUGUUCUUCAAUUCCAAUACUUCGAAUUGAAAGUCAUCCACUAUGUGUAUGUCAACGGACUUCCAUGGCUUCAAUCCCAGAGAUCGCAGCCACUUGAGAAUCAAAGCAUUCUUCAUCAAGCUCUCCGGUUUCAGGCCCAAAAACCCCAUCCCCGAAUCAUUGACUCUCGUUUACCUACCCAGAAUCAGCGGAUCCGAGCUCGAGAUCGAAGGCUCAAAGAUCCGACCUGACUCCACCGCGUUCGUGACUCUACACCGGGUCGUGAAUCAGAAGACGAGAAACGGUGAGGCCAUAUAUGGGAACAGAGAGCGGGUUCGGGCCGGGGAUGGGAUCCGAUUCGAAGUUUACUUGAGAGAGGAGAAGGUGUUGAAGGGCGUUUUCAGGAGAGUCGAGGAGGAUGAGUGGAGAAUGGAGUGCACGUGUGGAUUAGAGAGGGAGAUUUCUGACGUGGCAGCUGCGGAGGCUUGCGUCGCCGUGGAGGGAAAAUCGGCGAUGCGUGAGAGGGUGGAGAUGGCGGUGAAGCGGAAGAGGAAGUGUAGUAACCAGAGGGGGUUUUUGGAGGACAUACCGGAGGGAAGAGAAAUCGACGAUGAAUCUGACGGUCAGUGUUGUUGUUGCUCGUUUGGGGACGGUAAAACGGAUGGUGGAGAUUCAAAGGAGAAAGUGGAUUUGGAUCUUGAUAUGGAGGGCGUGAGAUGGGCCGUUGAUGUGGGGAUUUGGGUUGUCAGUCUCGGAGUUGGGUACUUGGUUUCUAAAGCUUCCGCUAAGAGCUUGAGACGAAUGAGGCUUCUCUAAGGCUUUUGGCCCAACCUUUUGGGCUUCACAAGGCCCAUUUUUUUGACAAUUGGAAAACUUUGUUCAAGACAAUUUUGCUUGCAAUACUGAAAUUAAAAUUCGUUUAUAGGUUAACCUAAUUACAUCCCUAAUUUUGUCCUUGUAAUCUUAAAUCUGGGUAUAACUUCUCCUAUUACAAACUUCUAUACCAAAAACACUAUUCUAUUGAGGGAAGUUACACAUGUAAAGUCAUAUUCACACCUUUAAAGAAGUUUGUAGACGUGGCUAAUGGCUAUUACGUUGUUAA